GAAGGAGGGCUGUGGUUUUGUGAAGUCAGUUCCGGUUGGUGUAAACCCCCUCGGGGCGGCGGCGAACGGAUUUCAGAUGCUUCUGAUUCGCGGUGUGAGAAGCUGAAAGCAGUUCGUCGUGAGAGUUUGGAAGCCGAGCGCUAUCGCCACCGGCGAGGGGAUGGCGGUGACCCGGACCGCGGCCACUGCGGCCAUGGGCAGGCUUCUGGUCCUGCUGCUGCUCGGGCUCACAGCGCCUGCAGCGGCGCUGGCCGGCUACAUCGAGGCUCUUGCAGCCAAUGCUGGAACAGGAUUUGCGGUCGCUGAGCCUCAAAUUGCAAUGUUUUGUGGGAAGUUAAAUAUGCACGUGAACAUUCAGACUGGGAAAUGGGAACCUGACCCAACAGGCACGAAGGGCUGCUUUGAGACAAAAGAAGAAGUUCUUCAGUACUGUCAGGAGAUGUAUCCAGAGCUACAGAUCACAAAUGUGAUGGAAGCAAACCAGCCGGUCAGUGUUGACAAUUGGUGCCGCAGGGACAAAAGACAGUGCAAGAGUCACCUUGUUAUACCUUUCAAAUGUCUUGUGGGUGAAUUUGUAAGCGAUGUUCUGCUAGUUCCAGAAAAGUGCCAGUUUUUCCACAAGGAGCGGAUGGAGGUGUGUGAGAACCACCAGCACUGGCACACUGUCGUCAGGGAGGCCUGUCUGACCCAGGGAAUGACCUUACACAGUUACGGCAUGCUGCUGCCCUGUGGGGUAGACCGGUUCCAUGGCACUGAAUAUGUGUGCUGCCCCCAGACAAAGAUCACUGACUCCACUGUGUCGAAAGAAGAGGAGGAGGAAGAGGAGGAUGAUGGAGACGAUGACUAUGAUAUUUACAAAAGUGAAUUUCCGACUGAAGCAGAUUUGGAAGACUUCACAGAAGCAGCUGUUGAUGAGGAUGACGAGGAUGAGGAAGAAGGGGAGGAAGUGGUGGAAGACCGUGACUACUACUAUGACACCUUUAAAGAGGAUGACUACAACGAGGAGAGCCCCACUGAGCCCAGCAGUGAUGGGAUUAUUUCCGAGAAGGAAAUUACCCAAGAUGUUAAAGCUGUCUGCUCCCAGGAGGCGAUGACCGGGCCCUGCCGGGCCGUGAUGCCUCGUUGGUACUUCGACCUCUCCAAGGGAAAGUGCGUGCGCUUUAUAUAUGGCGGCUGCGGAGGCAACAGGAACAAUUUUGAGUCUGAGGAUUAUUGUAUGGCUGUGUGUAAAACGAUGAUUCCCCCAACUCCUCUGCCAACCAACGAUGUCGAUGUGUAUUUCGAGACCUCUGCCGAUGACAAUGAGCAUGCCCGCUUCCAGAAGGCCAAGGAGCAGCUGGAAAUUCGGCACCGCAACCGAAUGGACAGGGUAAAGAAGGAAUGGGAAGAGGCAGAGCUUCAAGCUAAGAACCUCCCCAAAGCAGAGAGACAGACGCUCAUUCAGCACUUCCAGGCUAUGGUUAAAGCUUUAGAGAAGGAAGCCGCUAGUGAGAAGCAGCAGCUGGUGGAAACGCACCUGGCUCGAGUGGAAGCCACGCUGAACGACCGGCGGCGAGUGGCUCUGGAGAAUUACCUGGCCGCCCUGCAGUCGGACCCACCGCGGCCUCACCGCAUCCUCCAGGCCUUGCGGCGUUAUGUCCGUGCUGAGAACAAAGACCGCCUGCAUACUGUCCGUCAUUACCAGCAUGUGUUGGCUGUUGACCCAGAAAAGGCAGCCCAGAUGAAAUCCCAGGUGAUGACGCAUCUCCAUGUGAUUGAGGAAAGACGGAACCAGAGCCUCUCCCUGCUCUACAAAGUUCCUUACGUAGCCCAAGAGAUCCAAGAGGAAAUUGAUGAGCUGCUUCAGGAACAGCGUGCUGACAUGGACCAGUUCACCGCCUCCAUCUCCGAGACACCUGUGGACGUCCGGGUGAGCUCCGAGGAGAGUGACGAGAUCCUGCCAUUCCACCCCUUCCACCCCUUCCCGUCCUUACCUGAGAGUGAAGACUCUCAGCCGGAGUUGUACCACCCAGUGAAGAAAGGAUCUGGAGCGGAAGAGCAGGACAGAGGACUGAUAGGUGCUGAAGAAAAAGCGAUUAACAGUAAGAGUGAAGUGGACGAGAAUAUGGUCAUCGACGAGACACUGGAUGUUAAGGAAAUGAUCUUCAAUGCCGAGAGAGUCGGAGGCCUUCAGGAAGAGCCGGAGUCCGUGGGGCCGCUGCGGGAGGACUUCAGCCUGAGCAGUAGUGCUCUCAUUGGCCUGCUGGUCAUUGCGGUGGCCAUUGCCACCAUCAUAGUCAUCAGCCUGGUGAUGCUGAGGAAGAGACAGUACGGCACCAUCAGCCAUGGCAUCGUGGAGGUUGACCCAAUGCUUACUCCAGAAGAGCGGCACUUGAACAAGAUGCAGAACCAUGGUUAUGAAAACCCGACCUACAAGUACCUGGAGCAGAUGCAGAUUUAAGUGAGCUGAAGCAUGUGCACUCCUGGUUGGAACGAGGUGGUGCAGGUGGGCCAAAAGAGGUCCAGCAUUUUGGAUCGACUACUGACCAAUGAUUGCUUGCGGAGAAUUUCAUCUUACAUUCAGAACUCCUGGGUCAUUAAGACUAUAAAGUACUACUGUAGAAUUGCAAUUUCCAUUCUUUUAAAUGGGUGAGAAAUGUUAAUAUAACUAUAUGAUAUAUAAACCUUAUGUGAAAAAAUGAUCUAUUGCAGAUAUUUGACUGAUGUAGUGUUCUUUUUUAAAUUAAUCAGAAAUCCAGUUCUAUUGUCUCACACAUGCUCUCUAUAUAAAAGGAAAAUGUUCCAGUUGCAUUGUGUAAAUCAACUCUUUAAGGCUCGCUCAGUGUCCUGAUUUUUAUUUAGAAAAAUUAAAAAGGCAGUAUUCCCUCUUUAAAUGAGUUUCAGAACCUUGCUGAGAAGCUAAAUGAAACAGGGAGCUAGAACUGAGCAUUGAAGCACAUCAUGGCACCCUCUGAAAAAUGAUUUUUGAGUCUGGUGCUUUCACUGCUGGGUAACGUGGUGUUCUCCAUACACGUCCUGUUCCCGAGGAGUUGGAAGGCAUUUAGUUCCAGCAUCUUCUAGUGAGCCUAAUGUACACAGAUUAGGGUCUCCACUGCUGCUUUCCUUCUGAAUCCAAUUCUUCCACAGAAACUAGCCUGUAGUUGUGUAUGACAUUCUCCUGCUAGUCAUCGUUAGUCCCCUUCCAGGUAACGAUCAAAUGUGAUGUCGUUUUCCUCUUUGGACUGUCCGCCCCCACACCCGUUUGUAUUUCUGCUUCUCUGCCCUCCUUAGCUUGUCACCAGCCUCUGGCAUGCCCUCACAGAAGACUGCGUUAAGUAGCUGCUCGUGGCCCAGAAUAGAACAGGGGGAGGUUUGCUUUCGUUUGAAAAGAGGAUAUUCCAAGUUGCACAUGAAAUUGGAUCUGUCAACACUGUGGAAAGCAUUAAGGGUUUUGUUUCCUUCACACGUGUCUUUGUAACACUUGUAUAGUUGUUGUUGAUGCUCACAGCUUUUUCUUCCUUGUUCUGUUGUUUUGUAUUUGUUUUUUUAAGCUGAAGGUUCUGGUAACCUGUGGUAUAUUUUUUUUUCCUUCUAUUUUUCUGUGACUGUUUUGUUUUUCCCCUCUUCCUCCCCUUUGACCCUAUCCAUGUCUCUUACCGCUAUGCACAGAUGAAACUUCACUUCAAACUCCUUAAUAUGAUCUGUGGAGAAUGUACUGUUGAAACACAUCAAUAAAUACUUUAACUUCCA